UACUUUUUAUGUUAAAGUUAGGGAUAGUAUUUUCUAUUUAGCAAUAUAUGUAAUGUUUUUAGGUUAGAAAGGGUAGGAAGAACCUUCCAAAAGCAAAGUAAACAAAGGUAUGUUUUGGAGAAUUGGACUGUUUUGGAGAACAAUUCAAAUUUGCAAACUUUAUGAUGUUAAUUUGAUUAUUAACUCAAAACAUUAUUAAGGAAAAAUGUUAAUUUUAUAGAGUACUUGCAAAACUGGAUUUAGAUAAAAGCGAUUGAUAGGACAUUGAAUACUAUGCUGCAACUCUUCCUACUGACAAUCGGGUUCUGAGAAAUAAACUUUUGGCACUGAUCUCUACAAGCUUAUAAAGUUUUCUGAACUGCAUGUAAUAAGCUCGAGGACAAGAACGCCAUGCGCCAAAGUCUUGGCCGCAAUCUAUUUUAAAUUCUCUUCACUAGUUUCAUGGCCUAGUUUCUUGCUGACUUUACAACUGCCAUAAUUACUUUCACCAAAUCUCAACCAUUUUUCCGACCUCCUCCGGCGCCAACUUUCCCGGAAAAUGAAAUUCCAGGAAGCAGAAAUGACGGAAGACUGCGCCUGCGCCUUCUUAAGCAACAUGAUCCCGCCAAGAAAACAUGUUUGAGUACGCAUGCGCAAUGCCGCCCCGGGAAGCCGUUGCCUUGGCUACCGAACUCCAGCUUGCCCUCUGCUAUUUCCAUGCUCUGACGUCGUAGAAUCGAUGCCCGCGACUCCUUGGAUGGAACGCCCCGUUUCAACUGCCGUCGCCCGGCUGGAGAGCGUGGCCGACUUUGACUGCCUCAGGCACCCAUGCUACUCCCCAGCGAGCUCAUGAGCGCAGGAGAAGUGACUUGGUGGCGGCAACUGCCGCGACGCAUGUCGUGACUCAAAGUCUUCCUCUCCGUCCACCUCCUCGAUCAGAAGGAUGAAGAAGGUGAAGAAAUUCCUGGGGCUGGGGAGGAAGAAGAAUGAGCAACAAUCUCCGUCGCGGAGCCGCGUCGUGGCUUGUGCCUCAGCCCCAGGCGCUCUCAUCUGUAGCGGCUGCGACGGCUAUGACUUGCAGAGCAAGGACCUGAGUAAACUGCACCGAGCGGCGGCCGAAGGAGACCUCGGGGAACUCCAACACCUCCUGCAGAAACACGACCUCAACGAGCAGGAUAAAGGUGGCAGAACACCUUUGCAUUUUGCAAGUGCUAAUGGAUAUAUAGACAUUGUUACUUUCUUGGUGGAAAACAAAUGCCAACUAGAUAUCUGUGAUAAAGAGAAGAGAACUCCAUUAAUAAAGGCGGUGGAAUGCCAGCAAGAAUUCUGUGCAAUUUAUCUGCUUGAACAUGGAGCAGAUCCUAAUGUGAAGGAUAUAGACAACAACACUGCCCUCCACUUCGCUGCCUGUAAUUCUAAUGUAUCUCUAGCAAAAUGUCUGCUUGAAAAGAAAGCUGACAUUGAAGCACAAAAUAAGGAUGGGUGCACCCCAUUAAUUGUUGCUGUAGCUGAAAAUAAUCGAGAAAUGGUAGAGUUUCUUCUUCAACAAAAAGCAUCUGUGCAUGCCACAGAUAAAUUGGGAAGAAUUCCAUUAUUGAUUGCUGUUCCUAAUAAAAACCGUGACUUAACGCAUAUUCUCCUCUUUCAUGGAUCGAAUGUUGCCCACAGAGAUAAAAGUGGAUGGUCAGCAAAAGAGUAUGCUAUGAUUAAUGAUGAUUCCAUCCUUAAGCAGUAUGUUGCUAAAUAUUCCGACUACAAAAAUAGACAAGAGGGCUCAUUUGAUGGUCAAAAAGUUCUGUCUAUAUUACGCAAUCCAGAAAAAGAUGGCGAUACUGGUAUUACACUUGGUGCUCCUGCUAAAAAUAAAGAAGGCUUUGUGCUAAAUAGAAAAAUAGAUAGAGAAGUGCAGGAAUUGCUCAACAAGUCAGGAAGGGAUUCGAGGAAAGGAGUAACAGUCGCUACAGUUAUUGAUAACCACUCUUCUGGAGAUUCAGUAAGCAGUUCUGAAAAAGCAGAUGAUGAUAGCUGGCUUUCUUCAGAAGAGGAACUAGGCUGCAGUCCCAAGAAACCAGAAAAACCAAGUUUGGCUCAGCUAAUGAAAGUUCCAUGGGACUUCUUGAAAAACUUAGAUGAGAAAGACUGUACUAUCCAAACAGAACUCUUGGGAGGUUCACAGCAAAAUAAAGCAGAUUAUGAAUUUGAAGAAUGCAAUGAAUCCCUUCCUAAGCCUUUGUUCCAAGUCAAAACCUUCCCUCAUUCUGUCCAUUCCUCUCCUGGGUCCUUUUCUAAAUGUUCCCAGAGAACCUUGCAUUCUAAGCAGGAGAAAUCUUCAAAAGAUGAAGAAGGUGAUGAACAGAAUACUGCCAAUAAAAAAAGUAUUGUUUGUAGGCAGUCUUGGAAUCUCUCACCAAAAGCUAAAUCAACUUUGGGCAUGGACAAAGAUGAAGAGGAGAAGUGUACAGAAUCUCCAUGGGAUUCAGAAUGUACUUCAGAAAGCCCCAGGAAACUAACUAUUAGUUCUUUGCCUACAUCUCCUGCCAAAAUUGGAAUACACAUGCACAGUAUUAUAGAAGAACCAUUUAAUGGAAAACCAGGUUUCCAGCAAAAGAUCACAAAAGAAAACUUGGUAUGUGAAUCUCCUGCUCCUGUUUUAAAGAAGGCAAUCAUAGAAAAGCAAAAAUCAGAUUUAAUGGAAGAACUUGGUUUGGAUGAGGCGGACGAUAUUGAAGAUACAUCUGACUGGGAUUCUACCAGCAUUUCUCUUAAAAGCACUCCGUGUGUUAAACCAUCUGAUAUGCUUAUGUUAGAAGACCAUGUAUCUCCACAACACUUAAUAGAAACAAACAUUGCACCUGAAAUCUCUGUCCCUGUGAAGGAAGACUCAGAUACUCAAAACAUAAUUUCUUCAAAAGGUCAGCAAUAUAUCGAACACAAAAUCGUCAAAGAAUUUAAAAGUAAAGGCAAGGAAAAAUGCCUGUUAAACACAUCCAGUUCUGUAGAAAAAUCAACACAUGAAAAACACACUGACAAGACUGAAAUCGAAUAUACCGGUACUCAUGAUGAAAAUGUAACCAAAGCACUCAUGCAUAGUGAAGAAGCCCAUAAUGACUGCAAUCAUUUUGAUUCAAUACACUGGGAAGAAAAAUAUGAAAAAAUGUGGGUUGCAAAUGAAAAAAAAGAACUUAAGGCAAAUUUUAAGAGUAUUACUGCAGAACUAAAACAGAUGUUCGGUGAAAUUAAAGUUUAUGAGAAAACGAGUAUCACUCCAAGCAAAGCAACAUCACAAGAUGGUUUCUGUUGUGCAGUAGAAGGCGUAAAAGAAACAUCACUUCAUCUACAAAACAUGAAAGUGGAUAUUCAAGGAAAGGGUGACAUUAAAGAUGUAAGAUCUGUCGUUACAGAAAGGGAAUUAAAUACUGAUGACUGGAACACAAAUAGGAACCCAUUAUUUAAUAAUGCAAAAGGAACAAAAGUAAACAUCAGUGAAGAAAAGAAUAACAAUACAAUUACACAACUGCAAGCAAAUGAAACUAAAGCUGCAGAAAAAUGUCUUGAAUAUUCAUUGCAAAGCCAUGAGGACAUUACCAAAGAUACAGUUUUUAAAACUAUAGAUGUUAAUCAACCAAUUGCCUCCAACAACUUAUUUAAACAUAUUAGUGUAACAAAAAAUCCAAGUGAAGAAACUGAAUACCGUUUUAAUAACAGUAUCAAUAGUUGUAAAGGUACUGAUAUUGAAAUUGGAAAUAAAGCGAAAAAUCAUAAACAAGUAUGUCCUCAAAUAUCCCAAAAAGGUCUGGAUGAAGAAUUAGAAGGUGAUGUUGCAAGAUUUAAAAAUCAGGUAGGAAUACUGCAUUCAGCUUUCCUCGCUUUGGAGAAAGAAAAGAUCCAACUGCAAAAAGAGAUUGAAGAGGAAAAAAUAAAAAAAGAAUUGGAAUCCAAAGGAAAAAAAAUUGCUAAUGCUGAAAAGCUGGCUGUUAAUAAUGAUGAGAAAAUAGAACAAAAGCAUUCAAUAAAUGAAAUCCAGCAUAUUACAGCAGAUAGUAUUUCCCCAGCAGAUAAAAAGGAAGUAAUUUGUCUAGGAUCCUCCAGUUUAAAAGCUACAAGAAAAAGUGAAAAUAAAAGGCGGAAUUCUAAACAGAAGGUCAGUCAACAGCUUUGUAAUAAUCUACAUCAGCCACAAGAUGAGAGCAGUUUGAGUGAAGCAUCUCUUGAAGAAAGAUAUCCAGCCAAAUCUGUGAAUGGAAAAAAUAAGCUUUACAGAACAUUGAGCAUUACUAAUGAUCUGGAUGACUUAACUCCAUCUUCAGAUUCAGCUGCAGAGGAUAUUGAGUCACUUUCUUCCAUUUACAAGGAAGCUAUAGUGUUGAUAGAAGAACUUAGUUUAGAUUGUAAAGAUUCUGUAAGUCUCUUGAAAGUUCAGAAUAUAUUUCAUGGAUAUGAACGACUAAUUGAACAUGAGAAGGGACGUUAUACUCAAUUGCUUGAAAAAGUAAAAAAAUUUGAAAAUCAGAGAAAUGAAUGGCAAAAAAAUCUGGAAGACUUGAGAGAGAUGAAAUCUAUAUUGGAUCAUCAAAAAGUACAAUAUGAAAGUGAAAUCACCAAUCUGAAAUUUUGUCUGAAACAAGAGGAAGAAACAAGAAAGGGUGCUGUAAUGCUACAUGAGAAAAAUCAAGAGCAGUUAAGGAAGAAAGAUGAGCAGUAUUGUACUCAGAUGGAAGAAAAACAACAGCUUGAAUUGAUGCUGAGAAGCAAAGAAAUGGAGUUAAAAACACUAACAAACCACCUGAAACAGGUGGAAGAAGAACGUAAUGAAACACAGAGACAACUUUGUCAAGAACAAAAUGCCAGAGCCAUACAAGAAGAUAUUUUAAAUACUCACUUCUGGAGGCAGAAGGAAUUGGAAGAAGAAUCAAAAAAAGUAGCAAGCAAACACUCAGAGAUGAUUGAUAAUCAUGACCAUGAAAAAGAAUUAUUACACAGAAAUCAAAUACUCCAAGAUGAACUUGGUGCGUUAAAAUUAGAACUUGAUCGCAUCAGGAUUCAACAUCAGGAGGAUGAAAGCAAAUAUUUGGAAGAAAAUGAAAGUUUGAAAGAAAAAAAUGAAGAACUUAAAAAAGAACUGAAACUAAAUGAAGACGCUUUGACUCAAACAGUUUUUCAAUACAAUGGACAAAUAAAUGUAUCAAAAACUGAGGUUGCAAUGGUAGCAUCCAAAUUGGAACAUAUGAAGGAAAAUAAAGAAAGAUUGGAAAUAGAACUUGAUUCACUACGCUGUCGUUUGAGUUCUGCUCUUCAGGAAGUUGAUCGUUGUCAGGUAUCAAAAAGUGAUCUUGAACGAUUGCUUCAGCGAGAGAAGGAUGAAUGGCUCCGCUUAAAAGACAAAUUGAAUCACGAUGUAUGUACUCUACGAGAAACAAACAGUAGCUUGUCUCAACAGUUAGGGAAAGCUGAAAGUAAAGCUAAUAGUCUAGAAAAUGAGCUUCACCAUGCAAAUCACAGUCUCCGGGAAAAGAAUUUGCUGUUAGAUAGUAUUCAAAAAGAUGUAAACCAGUCACAGUGCCAAGUGAAAGAACUUGAAAAUGCACAACAAAUUGCAAAAGAUCAAAUAAACAAAUUUGUAAUAAAACAGGAAUCUAUGCAAGAACGUUUAGCACAGGUCCAAAGUGAAAAUCUCUUACUUCGACAACAACUUGAAGAUUUUCAAAACAAAGGCAUUAUCAAAGAAAAAGUGGUGACUGAUGUUCAAGAUAAAUUCAGUGAUAUUUUUAAUAAACUUAGAGCUGAUACUGAAAAGCAAGUUCAGAUGAUGGAAGAGAGAAAUAAAGAAUUAAUCACAAAAUGUAAUAAUUUAAAGGACCAAGUCAUUAAAUAUGAAUCUGAGAAAAUAGAUAGAGAGAGUAUAAUAAGGCAAUUGCAGCAAGAACUUGCAGAUUCCCUCAAAAAGCAAUCCAUGACAGAAGCUUCACUGGAAGUUUCAACACGUUAUCGUAUUGACUUGGAGGAGGAUAAACAGCAACUUCUGAAGGAAGUAGAAAGGAUGAAAUGUAAGUUGCAAGAUUCAGAAGUACAGACUAUCCAGUGUGAAAGAUCUACUCAUGAAUUAAGACAUGCUUUGGAUAUUAAAGAGCGUGAAGCAAGUGCGGCAUCUCAGAAACUACAGGAUUUUCUAGUAGCAUCAUCGGGAACAAAUAAUGCUAUAAAACAAUUAGAAGAGCACAUACAGAGACUUGAAAUAGAAAAUGCCAGAUUGGAAGCUACAACAAACCAACAAAGUAAUAGAAUUGAAAUACUUCAAAAAGACCUACAGGAUAGUGUUUCUGUUCAUAAUCGUCUUGAGGAAUUGAUAACCAGCUUACAGGCAGCAAAAAUCAAUCUAGAGGAACAACUAAACCACCAGGUCCAGAAGGAAAAUAUGCUUUCAGUAACUGCACAAGGUGCUCAGAAUAUGUGGGAAGAAGAAUUGAAAUUAAAAUCAAAACUUGGGAUUCGCCUUUCUGAGCUUGAUAAGGAAAAGACAGAAAUAAUAUCUCAGUUUGAGAAUGAAAAGAAAAAAGUAAAGAAGGUACUAGAAUUGAAACGAUCAGUGGAACUACGACUAGAUCAAGAAAUGAAAAGGAACAGUGAAUUACAAAAAGAAUAUCAUGGUAUGAAAAAACUUCUAAAAAUAACCAAAAAGAAGUUAAAAGGUUAUGAGAGUGGAGAAAGUUCAUCUCAGAUCAGCUUACAUGGAGAAAUAAAGAAUAAAUAUUCAGAAAUUGAUAAUGAAGUUGGAAAACUAAGAAAAAGGGUUGAUGAACUUUCUCACCAUUUGGAGAUUGAGUCAACAAGAUGUACCCAGCUGGAAUCUACCAAUUGUGAACUGAGUGAACAAUUAGCAUCUAUGAAGACACUCCAUAAGAAUCACGAAAAAUUAGAAAAAAGCAAAUUGCAACUAGAAGAAGAAGUAGCUAACCUCAAACGCCAAGUACAGGAUAACUUAAUAAAUCUCAGCCAAGUGGAACAAUACAAGACAGAGAUCGAAGAACGAGCUAGAAAAGACAUAAGACAAAAAUUGGAAGAAGUCAAUUUCUUUUUGCAGACACAGGCUGCUUCUCAAGAAACUUUGGAACAGAUAAGAGCUACUAAUAAUGCUUCUUUGAGAAAUCAAUUGGAAAAUAGAAUUAAAGAAUUAGAAACAGAGUUGGCCAAACUUAAAAACAGCCAGCAAGAUAGCAUAUUACAAAAAGAAUCUACACAUACAGAAUUGGAAAAAUAUAAAGGAUUGUAUUCAGAAGAACUAAAAAUACGGAAAUCUUUGGGGAGCAAAUUGGAUAGAGCUAAUGCGAAGUUAGCAGAAGCCAGCACUCAACUCUAUCAUGAGCGUCACAAAAACAAAUCUUUACUUGCCAACAGCUUUUUAAGUGGAAGCCUUUCUUCAAGUCCUGUCUUGGAAACUGUUCACAUGGGAAAUCUUGGCAACAAUUUAGCAUUAAAUAAAUCUCUUAACCUUGGAGGAGGAUUUCUGAACACAAAUGGAACUGCAUUAGCCUCAAAAAACAGAAUGGAAGCUUACUUAGCCAAGAUGCAGAUGGAAUUAGAAAAAAGUAUCAUCAAAGAACUGGACCAAGCUAAAGCUGAAUUUGAUGCUGGAUCUGUUAGAGUCUCUCCUGUAGGAUCAGUUGAUGGAUCUUCAAAAAAAUCAAAUAUAGACCAAGAUCAAGUUUCCAAGGCAAGACAGCAGUAUCUAGAUGUUUUAAAGAAAAACUAUAUGAUUUGAAUAAAGUCUGCAAACUUGUAGAUGUGACUUGAUUACAUAACUUUUCAACAGAAUGCAUAUCUGGCAUUAUGCACUUGUAUGUAGAGAAAAUAGUUCAUAGUCCUGUGGUCCCCCUUACUUUUUUUUAUGUUCUCUCCACCACACCAUAUUUUUCUUUAGUAAAUUCACACUAGCCUAUAUCUUAUAAAACUGCCUUUGUUAAGUUUGUAGUUACAUGUACAAUAUAAACAAAACUCUUUCCUAGAUCUGCUCUUGCACUUUCAAUUUGUAUGUUGUCAGGUAAGUUACUAUGUUUCUCUGAUGCAUUUAUUUUAUGCCCUCAAAUGCAUUCCAUAUACAUGUAAUUUCUACUUGUGUUAUUAAUCACUUUUGCAUAGUACAGCAUUAGGCAUCCCAUACUGAUUAUGCUAUUCCUGCAGUUGUGCCAAGAGACUUCUGACCUGUAUUUUUAAGUAGUGCUGAAAAUGCAUUGAACAUUUGAUUAUAACAAAAUCUUAAGCAUUUUCUGUAUCUUGAACUAAUGGUUCAGGCUAUUGUUUAGCUUUUCAAGGGUAUCAGGUGCCAUUGAGAUAGAAUAUGUUCAAGUGAUAGUGUGUGUCCUAAGUUUACAAUUUCUGGAAAUUCUAUUAAUUUUGAAUGUUAGUACAUAGGUAGCUUACACACACACACACAAGCCCUAAGAUGUAUCACAACUUUUAGCAGCUCCAUUCAUUAGAAGAAUGAUAGCUGAUAGUGGAAUUCUGUCUCCUAAUCUCAGCUGGAAGAUUAGAAGGAUCUUGCACCCUGAACUACAGGUUAGGGAUGGAAAGGGAAGUUUCAUUCAUAAUGUUGCAAAUCAUCCCUACUGACA